AUGCCAAGAGCUUCGGCAACUGAAUCAAGUCCAGGAAUAUCCAAUUGUGAUUUCCAGCAAAGUCCUCAUCCCAGACGAUACCAUUCGCUCUGUCGAAAAUUUGAAACUGUCAGAGAAAGUGUUGGAAUAAGGGCAAAAAACAAUUCUCCUAGGCAUAGCGUCAGGAAGUUAUUAAACAUAGUUUUGGGCCUUUUGGGCCUAACCCUUGACCUCGGUCCGAGUAGGUGA